AUGGGUUCCGACGCAGUUGAAAAUCCUAGCGGCGGAUUCAUACAGAACAAGCAGUCAAGGAAUGAUGUAGAAGACCAGGGAAACCUCUCCGAGGACCCGUCUUGGGAGAAGGAUGAAGUGGUUGAUGCAACAAAGUUGUCACCGAUGCGAAAGCUGCACAUUGUCAUCGCCGGAUUUACAUGCACUUUCAAUGGAAACCUCGGAUCAUCGAUGCCAUCUGGCGCUCUUGACGCCAUUAGUGCUCACUUUCAAGUAACCGAUCGCGUUCAUCUCAUCCUUCUCAACUCGCUCUUUAUGGUCGGAUAUGUCAUCGGCCCUCUACUCUUCGCCCCUCUCAGCGAGUACAUCGGACGACGGCCAGUUCUCAUCGGCACGUUCCUCGGCUACCUUGUCUUCAUGCUUGCAUGCUCGGGAGCUCCUAACUAUCCUGCGUUGCUCGUCUUCCGCCUCCUGAGUGGUAUCAACGCGGCCGCGCCUACAAGUGUUCUAGGCGGACUCUAUGCCGACAUUUUCGACGAUGCUUCUGUCCGCGGAAAUGCCAUGGCUCUCUACAUGACCGUUACUACCAUUGGGCCUCUAAUCGGUCCCAUCAUCUCAGGCUUCUCGUCCCCAGUGUCUUGGCGCUGGCCUUUCUGGAUCGCUUCCAUGAUUGCAGGUCUGGGCUUGCCUCUUGUCCUCACACUGCCCGAAACCUACGCGCCUGUCCUCUACAACAAUGCCUUGAAGAAGAGGCUCAAGAAGCAGGGUACAGAUGCGGACAGCGGACAGCACAUGGAACUGAAGCCUUUUGAUGUCCAGAAGAUCUUUCUUCGGCCAGUCACACUUCUCAUCACCGAGCCCAUUCUGCUGUCUACUUCUGCGUAUCUGACAUUGGCAUAUGCUGUAUUCUAUCUAAUGUUUCAGGCAUAUCCUGUUAUAUUCCAAGGGUUCUAUGGCCUCUCUCCAGCGAUGGCAGGACUGGCAUUCUUACCUCGCCAAUCGGCUAACAAUCGGUUUACAGAGGUCGUUGGCGUCAUCUUGUCUCUUUUCAUGUUCGGCGCUUUUACCUGGUAUCACAAAAAGCAAACGGAGGCCGGUGCAGAAUGGACCAAAAACGAAAUCUACCGCCGACUACCUCUCGCAUGUGUAGCCUCUCCAUGCAUGGUAAUCGCUUUAUUCUGGCUCGGCUGGACAGUCUGGCCCUCGACGUCCCCGAUAGUUCCGAUGUUGAGCGGCAUAUUUUUUGGCUGCGGCUUUCAACUGCUUUUCAUGGGUAUGAUAAACUACCUGACAGACGUGUUUCGUCAGUACUCUGCAUCGGCGCAUGCAGCAGCCAGCAUGACACGUUCCAUCGGUGCAAUCACGUUGCCUCUUGCGGCCAACAGCAUGUACACCAAUCUCGGGGUUCAUUGGGCGCCUUCAGUGCUAGGCUUCAUCGCGUUGGCGAUGGGCGUAAUUCCUUUCAUCUUUAUCAGAUAUGGCGAUCGUCUCGCUCGCAGUAGCAGAACAGCCCGCGAGGCAUUUGUUGUUCAAAAAUGA